AUGGAGUUACUAAUGGGUUCGGGUCAGAACCGGACUGAGACGGUUGGCUACUCCUCCACAGAGUCAUCUUCACUUACUACUGGACUCAGGUUUGGUCAGAAGAUCUACUUGGAGGAUGGAUCCGGAUCCGGCAGGAACCGGGUUAACACGGGGCGUAAGUCUAUUACAGCUAGGUGCCAAGUGGAAGGUUGUAGAAUGGAUCUAAGCAAUGCAAAAACAUAUUACUCGAGACACAAAGUUUGUUGCAUUCACUCUAAGUCAUCUAAAGUCAUUGUCUCUGGUCUUCAACAAAGGUUUUGCCAACAAUGUAGCAGGUUUCACCAGCUUUCUGAAUUUGACUUAGAGAAACGAAGUUGUAGAAGACGACUUGCUUGUCAUAACGAAAGAAGAAGAAAGCCUCAAGCAACAACCACUCUUUUGACUUCUGGUUACUCUAGAAUUGCUCCAUCUCUUUACGGAAGCGUUUUGGGAGGUCCUAGUAGUACGUGGUCAAGCGCAAGAUCUGUGAUGGGACGAUCUGCACCGUGGGAUAGCCAUCAACUGAUGAAUGUCUUCUCACAGGGAAGUUCAAGCUUUAGUAUAACAUGCCCAGAGAUUACUAACAACACUAUUAGCACAGACUCAACCUGUGCUCUCUCUCUUCUGUCAAACUCAAUUCAGCAGCAGCAGCAGCAGCUUCAGACAUCAACCAAUGCUUACUUGAUGACUGCAGAUAGGGUUACAAUGGCUCAGUCCUUGAGCCAAACUUGGGAGUUCAUGUCAAGCGAAAAGAGCAAUUCACAGUACAUGUCACCUCUUUUGGGACAGAGUCAAAGCUCUGAGCCAGAUGAUUUCCAGAUGAGCAAUGGCACCGCAAUGGGUGGAUUCGAGUUGUCUCUUCAUCAGCAGGUUAUGAGGCAAUACAUGGAACCAGAGAACACAAGAGCUUAUGACUCUUCUCCUCAACAUUUCACUUGGUCUCUUUGAGUCUUUUCUCGUUUUUUCUGCACCAAGAGGCUUACCUGUGGAAGGUUACUACUAAGACUGGAUAGUCUCAAGAUCUUAUCACAUUAUAUCUGUCCUAUGCUACUUAAAACCAGACAGUGAUGCCAGAUAAUGGCUUCCAAUUUGGAUAUUAUUUUAAAAGGUGCUGGCUCUUGAUUUUAAGCCAUAUGUGUUUGUUAAGUGAUGAAAUCUUUGUUCACAUUCAACACAAACAGAGAUUAAAAACAUCAUCAUCACUAAUAUAUA